AUGAGCGGCUCCCAGUCCACCCGUCCUGAUCGCCAGGGAGAAAGUCCUCGGCCAGCCACCGCCGCGCUGAAAGCAGAGCAAUCGCCGACGAGAUUCGACAGAUCGGGCAUGCCGUUCUUAGACCCAGAACAGGCUCUCCCCAAGCGUCUCCCUCCUGGCGAGCCGGCAGCUGCAAGAUUUGGUAAUAAUGGUGAGCAGCCACAGAAUAUAGUAGCCCACCCCAAGGCUCCUGGCUUCACCGAUACUCAAACUUCCUCCGCCACCUCCGAACAAGUCUCCCACCAUGCACCGAGUCAUCAGUUCAUCCCCGAGCAGCCACUUGACCAACCAAACAGUCUCGCCGCUCACCUUUCUGACCCGCGUGGCGCUAGAGACUCGGAACCUAGCUUGGCCGAUCGCAGAACUCUUACCGGUCAAUCCCCCUUCGACAACCCAUCCCGAUACUCUCAGAUACCAUCUCCUCAUCCACUGCCCUCUCGAACAUACCCCGUCCGAUCUGAUCCGAUUGAACCCUCACUCGGAGCGGCAGAAAACCAGCACCAUCUCUCGGAUCGGCCCAUUUCCAUCAACCCCAACGCAAAUCGAUACGACGCCAUUCAUGACAGGCAGGAAAGCGAUGCUGAUUCGGCUGUAUCAUCCGAUCCAGAGCACGAUGUUACCAAGGCUGAUUUCGUGGCCGAUCGGCAUCAAUCCGAUCUAUUGGAGCAAUCAUUUGGCGAUGAUAUAAGCACCGACGCAGUGCCCCUCCCCGGCACAGGAUCCAUAGCCGCUGGUCAUUCGAGCGACGAAGAAAAUCAGCUCGGCCCAGCUGGCCUUCAAUUUUCUCGGCCCGAAGACGAAGAUUCCCAUGCGGAACGCCGGUUAUUUGACGACCAAGAUCAUCCAGCUCCGCCCGCUGUCCAAGCUGAAAAAGCGCACCAAGAACAGGAUCAGUCGGCUGAAGCCAGUUUCACCCCACCCACCAACCCCUCUCUCGUACCAGCCGAAGAAAAUCAGUCCAGCGAAGAUGGUCCUCGGUUCCAUUAUGACCAUCCGGGACGUAGUUCCCUUCCUGAAGACAUUUCAGCUUCGACUGUCGAAAGCGAGCAACUACACGGACAACCGGAUCAGUUAUCUCAAGCUAGCUCUGAAAUUGGUAACAGAUCAACACAGCAGGCAGAGGAUGAUCUCCCUCGGGGCGAGAAGCCGACCUCCGUACUUCCCAGUCCGACACAAGUGCAGGCUUCUAGUGAAUCUGACCUGUCUACUCACUUCACUAGCGAUCAUCGAGCCAGCUCAAACCUUCCGCCCAGUCCGGAGAUUUCCUACUCCAAUGUCAGCUCACCCGAAUCCAGCCAAGGAAGACAAUCACCGGACUCUCGAGAUAGCCAGGUCGAGGACCAAUUCUCUAGCUCUCCUCGAGUGCAGCAUCAACCUUCGGAUACUUCUUUUGCUGGCAAUGCUCCGACCCCCCGAGUUAUUUCUCACGAAUCAAGUCCAGCAGACUCCAGCCACCGGAGACAAUCAUUGAGCAGCUCCUCUCGAGAUAGCCAGAUCGAGAACCAAUUUCCCAACCCUUCUCGAGUGCAACAUCCACCCUCGGACACUUCUCUUGUUGACAAUGCGCCAACCCCACGUGUGGUUUCUCCUGGCCCCCCCGAGUCAUCCUCAGCACACCCCAGAUUCUAUCACUUUCCUCCCUACUCCUCUCUAGAUAGCGAGCCUCGGCAAGACAUCACGAAUCCCGACCGAGAAGAAGAUAUGUCUCGAGGAUAUCGAUCGGAGGAGAGCGUUAAGUUUGAGCACUCUAGUCAAGACAUCAUGAAUCCUGACCGAGAGAAACAACUGUCCCAAGGAUACCCAUCCGAAGAGAGCGCUGAGUAUGAGUAUGAUGAUUAUCAUCCAUCUAAUCCUUCCGCUAGCGAAGGAAAACCCAAGCGCAAGUUUUACUUUAACCCGGAAUCGGCUGGUUCGAGGGAUGCUUAUCCCAACGAAGCAACCGUUGCUACGGGCAUCGGUUCUUCGACCCAGGAAUAUCUGGGUCCCGGUGAAACUGACUCCAGACCGGUGAGCAUCGUUGCUGAACAACUACCCAUCGCCGGUCCAGCGUUGGAGGCGCACGCUAACGACGAUUCCCUUUUUACCAAACCAUACGGCCUUUCUGACGACAUCUCCGAGCCUUCAUCAUCUGCGGACAUUUCGAUCGAAUCCCCUGUAUCAACAAUUCAUCAAGGACAGCAGCAACGAAAUUACAUCACCGAACAACCAUCCUCGCCUGGCAGCCAACACCCAAUCGCGCUUCACUCCAACCUCCCUGCCAUGCAACAGCUUGACGACUCUGACAAUUCCCCAGCCUGCCUCGGCGCCGAAGAGGCCUCUAAAGAUAAUGAGGAGCUCUUCGAUCUUUCCAUGACAGGUCAUCCCCGCACCGACGCCUCUCAGAGUCCACAUGAUGAUCUACCGAAGGUUGCCGAACCUCUAGGGCGCGAGCCCCCCACCAGCCCCAACGUGAUCGCGACUGCCGAGAAAGAAGACCCCCCAGAAGUCAGUUUGUUUGCAGGUUCAAUCUCGACCAUGUCCAGCAAACCCUACCUCAAGUCUCCCUCCGACGACCGAGCUGUAGACUCAGAUGCAGUGAAUUCACCGCGAAGUGACUACAUCAGCGAGUCCGAGCAACAAGCUGCCGAAACAAGCCAUGAUGAACCCGCGUAUGAUUACGAAGACAACUCGCACGACCAAGACGAUUUCGAAAUGGAUCACGUUCUGGAUGAGGAUGAGUUUAUGCCCCCGUCACACUCAUCGCAUCCUUACAACAUGGACGAUGCAGAACCAUCUUUUUCGGACGAAGACGCCGACUGCUCUUACACUGGGGACGUUCCUACAACCCAUCUCAGUACUAUCACCGAGCUUUCUGAGUCUGCACCCGACACUCGUCAUUCUCGUGAGCUACCAAGAUCCCCCCUCCGACAGGACUGGUCUUCUCCACGUAGCUCCGCCUUCCAACACGGAUCUCAAGUCGAUGACCGCUCUUUCUCUCGCUCAGAAACAAGUUUCGCCCAACCUCUGGGAUCGAUUGGAUCAGGUUCGCUCGCUGGCCAUGUCCUCACCGCAGACGGGGAGCAAAGCUUAUCACCUCAAGUGGAUCACUUGAACAGAUCGCAGGAAUCAAGCUCAGAGCUAUUCGAAAAGGGAAAUAGUCCAUUGCAUCGAACCUUUCAGGAUUUCGCGUCAGCAUCGAGACAUUAUUCCGAAGAGGUCCCGAUUCCGGAGGACAGUGCGAGCUCGAUAUACCCCGAGAACGUCGGACAAGGGGAUUCUCUCGGAAGCUCUCAACUUCACCAGGCCUCCUCCGUCGUAGAAGAACCCCGAUCCACCGCGGACAGGAGUAUAUCUAAUUCAAGUGUUCUUCCUGCUGAUCUGACUGAUUCGGCGCACGCGUCUGAACACCAGCUUUUCCCAGCCCAAUCUGAGCUGCAGGCCGAAGCGGACCUUCCCACCGAUGAUUCGAUCGACUAUUCUUCCAGCGUUGACUCUCCGCCGCCACAAGAGUCUGCCAUCAUAAAUGAACCGGUGCCUACGGAAACUGAAAGAGUUGAACAUCCAUCAAUUGACAGAAAGGACGCAAUCGAGCCGGCUGCUGUAUCAGAGGGAAGUGCGGGCGAACCUGAGGAGCAGGGUUCCGUCAUACAGGCUGCUGAGGAAUUUUCCCACUCCGACGAACUCCAGUCGUCUCCUCAAUCACACAGCGCAAAACUUGCCUCGAGUGGCGCCACGGAGGAGAUGGUCGAAACCAUCUCCAAUUCAGCUCAGGGCUCCAUCCUCGAGGAACAAUUGAGUCCAGCGGAACUUCAAUCUACUUCUGGCAAUGACGUCCGUCCUCUUGAAAUCCUUCAUGGCAAAGACACUGGCUCGACGGUCGACAGCUCCGUCGAGGACGAAUCUUCCCCAUCUGUUAUCGAUGCAGCUCUCCCUGUCGAAAAAGUUCAUCAUCUCGAUCAAGCCGAGGAUGUUGCUAGCGAUGACCACCUUUCUGAACACGCCGCUCAUCAAGAAACUCGCCCCGCAAUCGACAGCUCCGCUGAAGACACGUUGUUCCAGCCACCUAUCGACAGCCAUCGUCCGGCCGAAGAGCGAGGUCAUGUCGAUCAAGUCGAAGAGGCCGGAGAGGAAUCAACAGCUACUGAAACCCAAAUAUUACAGGAAGAAUCGAGUUUGGAGUAUCUAGAUGGCUAUCUUGAUGACACUUCGUCCUCGGUCCAAAAUCACACUGCGGUGGAAUCUCUGACCGAACCCAUGUCCCAUGCCGCUGCGCAAUCAGCUGUUUCAGAGACAAGCAACGAAGCACCCUCCCCGGAUAUUUCUGUCCAGCCGGAAACAUCUUUCACGGAAAGUCCAGCUACUGUUCCAAGCGCCACCGACUUGAACUCUCCAACAAUCGAUCAUGAGAGUCACGGGCCAGUAGAAGAGUCUCGAACCCCAUCCGAAUCCGUUUCACCAUCGUCGGCCAGCCAAACUCCGUCUUCCGCCCAUCACCCAGCGGACAAUGCUCUCACUGAAGCCGUGGAUGAAGUUGGUUCAUCCCAGCGGGAUGAUUCUAGUCACUUACAAGGCACAAGGCCAGACGCUACCGACAACGAUGGCAGCUCACCACAACAGAUCUUAAGUCAAGAGGGCUUGGCUGAUGCUCAAGUAUCUCCUCAAGAUGCCCCGCUGCCCGAUUCCGUCGCAAGUCUAGCACAGCCCGAGAAGGUCGCCCAGGAGGAAGCCGAGUCAACUCCGACCAUAGAGACACCCCAUUCUGAUGUUCCCCCCGUAGACGUCUCCGAAGUGAUACAUCCAUCUGAAGCUGAAGUGUCUCCUCAGGAUACUCCGCUCCCGGAAUCGGCUGCGAGUUUAGGAGAGCACGAGGAAGUCCAACAAGAGGAAGUUGAGACGACUUCCCAUGCUGAAUCUAGCGUUUCCCCCGUUGAUGAUAUCGAUGCCAUACACACGUCUGGCGCACAUUCAUCUCCUCGAGAGAUUCCGCUCCCCGAUCCUGUUGCAAGUCUCGCAGAGCCCGAGAAGUUCGACCAGCCGGCAGAUGAAACAUCUCUGAUUACAUCGACCUCCGAAUCUGGCGUCCCCCCCGUUGAAGUUGGAGAUUCCAUGCACCCAUCCGAAGCCCAAUCUUCUCUUCAAGCGAUUCCGCUCGACGAUUCCGCUCCAAGCUUAGUAGAGCACGAGGAAGUCGGACAGAGAGAACUCGACUUGGCACCGACUGUACAGAUGACUGAACCUAACUGUUCCAGUGCUGAUCACACCGAUGCGAUACAGGCACCCGACGGUCCAUCAUCUCCUCAAGGGAUGCGGCUCGACGCUUCCGCUGCAAGUCUCGCAGAGCCCGAGAAGGUCGGACAGGAGGAAGUUGAAUCGAGUCCGACUGUGCAGACGACUGAACCCGCCGUUCCCCCCGUUGAGAAUACCGAUGUGAUGCAAGAAUCCGAUGCCCGGGCCGCCGUCCAGGAUUCGAUCUCAGCUCCGGAUCCAACUGAAGCGGAGCAUCCUCUCAACGAUACCGCUGAAGAGACCCUAUCUCUCAGCUCUGAACGGGCCGGCGAGCCUGUCGCGGUGGGAGCACCGGGCUUAGCUGAAAGUGAAAGACUGGAUGAUCAUCCAGCUGAACGUGAAAGAGAGGGCCCAAGCGAACCGGCCGCGCCAACAGAUGUAGAAAUCAGCCAAGUUCCACCAGAAGUCGUUUCUGACAGUCACCAGAGCGCGGAUGAACCAUCAUCCAGCCCCGGCACACUCCAACUGCUCUCUGAUUCCCAAAACGAGGCUGAUCCGCAGCUUACCUCUAGUGAUGUCAAGGCCGAGACGGGUGAAUUCUCCUCCGACCGAACCGAAGAAUCACCCGUUAAGAACGAACUCAGCGCAAGUGACGAUGCUUUUGAGGGAAUUCCGCUGCCUCUUGGGACCGACGAUCACCCUCAAGAAGAUUCUCGCGAAGGAGCUGGGUCGGCGGUUGACAGUCAGGAAGCUUCACCAUUUCCUAUCAUUAUAAAGUCUAUUGGAGAAGAACCAGAACACGCCGACCAAGCCGAGGAGGCUGUCGAAGCCAUGGCGGAAACUCGAUUCGAUGAGCCCAUCGACGAGGAACACCCUGCCGACCAAGUUGCUGAAGAAAAGCCACUCGCGGUGGCUGAAACACCACUACCGCCGAAUGAUUUAGAUCCUGAGAAGGAACCACCUAACUUCGCUGGCACAGAGGAUUCUCAAGCACCGGCAGCCUCAGACCCUGAGUUAUCUCCUGAGCCUGCCUCACUUGUGCCCGAGAGCAAAACCACGGAUCCAGCUGAAGAAACAAUUGUCGAGGAUGAGCUCAGCCCAAGCAAAGUGGUUCCUUCCGAAGAAACUCACUCGAAGGUAGACAGCCUCGUUGAAGACGGAUCUGUCCCAUCCAUUGCCGCAGCCCUCCCCGUCGAAAACCCGCUUAAUCCUGGCCAGGCUGAGGAUGUUGGCAACGAUGCCCACCUUCUUGAAGAGGCUCAUCGCGAAGAGACUCGCUCCACGGCCGACAGCUCCGCUGAAGACUCUCCGUCUCCUAUAGUCAUCGAUCGUCCCGCCGAAGAGCCAGCAAAUAUCGACCAAGCCGCAGAGGCUGUAGAAUCACCAACAGCUGCUGAAGCUGGAGCAUCACAAGAAGAAUUGAGUUUGGAGCAUGUAGAUGGUGAUCCAGAUCAGGCUUCCUCUUCGGUCCAGAAUCUCGGUGAGGGGAAAUCUCAGGUUGUCGAAGAUGAGCCUAUCGCAGGCGCUCACAUUGCCGAUCACGCCGCGGAGGUCGAACAAUCACCAGCCCCGACAGAAAAUUUGGAAUCUGGCCAACUGGCUCAACCUGACGAAGCCGUGCAUCCCGGCGAAGUGGCCGCUCUUGACUCGGGACAUUCUGUGGACGCUGUGUCAUCUCCUCAAGUGGGGUCUUCAGAAACAAAAGCCGAAGCUGAAUCCCCCGCCGCCGCGCAACCAGCUGCUUCGGAGACAAGCAACGAAGCAUCAUCCUUGGAUACUUCUGCCCUGCCAGAAGCGUCGCCCGUGGAAAACCCAGCGGCCGAGCCAACCGGAGCCGAUUUCAACUCCCCAGUACUCCAUCCUGAGGCACACAGGCAAACAGAAGAGUCUCGAAUCCCUGCCCAGCCCGGUUCACCAUCUUCAGCUACUCGAACUCCGUCUCCCGCCCAUCACGAAGUGGACGACACCCUGACCGAGGGCGUGGAUGAAAUCGGGCCACCCCAACAGGAUGAUCCCAGUCACUUGCAGGAGACACAGUCGAAUGUCAACGACAACUCGGAUGACAGCUCAUUAGGUCGGAUCUCCAGCAAGGAUGACUUGGCUGGAUCCGCUCAAGCGUCUGCUUCACACAUUCCGCUCCCCGAAUCCGUUGCCAGUGCAGUAGAGCCCGAGAAGGUCGAACAGGAGGAAGCCGGAUCGACUGAGGCCAUGGAGACAUCCGAGGCUGAUGUUCUCCCCGCUGACGGAUCCGACGCGAUCCAGGCGUCUGAGGAUGAAGUACCUCCUCAAGGCACUCCGCCCGCUGAUUCCCCUGCCAAUCCUGUAGAGCCCGAAGCGCAGGAGGAAUCGGCUCGGACUGAGCAGCCGGCUGAAUCAGACGUUACGCCUGUCGAGGCCUCCGAAGCGACACAGCCAUCUGAAGCUGUUGAACCCCCUCAAGAGACUCCGCUCGCCGACAACGCUGCUAAUUCAGCAGAGCCGGAGGAAGUCUCAGUAGAGCCGGAAGAAGUCGCGCAGGAGCAGGUUGAACCGACUCCGACUCUGCAGACAACCGAGUCUGACGCUUCCGAAGCGGCGCCUGCAACUGAAGAUGAAAUAUCUCCUCAAGACACUCCGCUGGCCGAUCCCGCUGCCAACCCAGUCGAGCCCGAAGGACAGGAGGAAUCGACUCGGACUGAGCAGCCGGCUCAAUCUGACGUUGCGCCUGUCGAGGCCUCCGACGCGACACCUGAAGCUGUAGAAGCUCCUCAGGAGGUUCCGCUCGCCGACACCGCUGCCAAUUCAGUUGAGCCGGAUGAAGUCUCAGUAGAGCCGGAGCAAGUCGCGCGGGAGCAAGUUGACCCGACUCCGACUGUGCAGGCAACCGAUUCUGACGCUUCCGAAGCGGCCCCUGCGACUGAAGAUGAAAUGUCUCCUCAAGACACUCUGUUGGCCGAUCCCGCCGCCAACCCAGCAGAGCCUGAAGGACAGGAGGAAUCGACUCGGGCUGAACAGACGGUUCAAUCUGACGUUGCGCCUGUCGAGGCCCCCGAAGCGACACAGUCAUCUGAAGCUGUAGAAACCCCUCAGAAGAUUCCGCUCACCGACACCGCUGCUAAUCCAGUAGAGCCGGAGGAAGUCUCAGUAGAGCCGGAGGAAGUCUCAAUAGAGCCGGAGGAAGUCUCAGUACAGCCGGAGGAAGUCGCGCAGGAGCAAGUUGAACCGACUCCGACUGUGCAGACAACCGAGUCUGACGCUUCCGAAGCGGCGCCUGCAACUGAAGAUGAAAUAUCUCCUCAAGACACUCCGCUGGCCAAUCCCGCUGCCAACCCAGUAGAGCCCGAAGGACAGGAGGAAUCGAUUUGGGUUGAGCAGCCGGCCCAAUCUGACGUUGCGCCUGUCGAGGCCUCCGAAGCGACACCUGAAGCUGUAGAAGCUCCUCAGGAGAUUCCGCUCGCCGACACCGCUGCUAAUCCAGUAGAGCCGGAAGAAGUCUCAGUAGAGCCGGAGGAAGUUUCAGUAGAGCCGGAGGAAGUCUCAGUAGAGCCGGAGGAAGUCUCAGUACAGCCGGAGGAAGUCGCGCAGGAGCAAGUUGAACCGACUCCGACUGUGCAGACAACCGAGUCUGACGCUUCCGAAGCGGCGCCUGCAACUGAAGAUGAAAUAUCUCCUCAAGACACUCCGCUGGCCAAUCCCGCUGCCAACCCAGUAGAGCCCGAAGGACAGGAGGAAUCGACUCGGGCUGAGCAGCCGGCUCAAUCUGACGUUGCGCCUGUCGAGGCCUCCGAAGCGACACCUGAAGCUGCAGAAGCUCCUCAGGAGAUUCCGCUCGCCGACACCGCUGCUAAUCCAGUAGAGUCGGAAGAAGUCCCAGUAGAGCCGGAGGAAGUUUCAGUAGAGCAGGAAGAAGUCGCGCAGGAGCAGGUUGAAUCGACUCCGACUGUGCAGACAACCGAUCCUAACGCUUCCGAAGCGACGCCUGCAACUGAAGAUGAAAUAUCUCCUCAAGACACUCCGCUGGCUGAUCCCGCUGCCAACCCAGUAGAGCCCGAAGGACAGGAGGAAUCGACUCGGGCUGAGCAGCCGGCUCAAUCUGACGUUGCGCCUAUCGAGGCUCCCGAAGCGACACCGUCGCCUGACGCUGCAGAAACCCCUCAAGAGAUUCCGCUCGCUGACACCGCUGCCCCGAUAGCAGAGCCAGAGGAAGUCGCACAGGAGCCAGUUGAACCGACUACGACUGUGCAGACAACCGAUUCGGCCGCUUCCGAAGCGACCCCUGCAGCUGAAGAUGCAGAAACCCCUCAAGAGAUUCCGCUCGCCGACACCGCUGCCAAUUUAAUAGAGCAUGAGAAAGUCGCGCAGGAGCAAGUUGAACCGACUCCGACUGUGCGAACAUCCGAACCUGACGCUUCUGAAGCGACGACUGCGACUGAAGAUGAAAUGUCUCCUCAAGAUACUCCGCCCGCUGAUUCCGCUGCCAACCCAGCAGAGCCCGAAGCGCAGGAGGAAUUGGCUCGGACUGAACAGCCGGCUGAAUCUGACGUUGCGCAUGUCGAGCCCCCCGAAGCGACACAGUCAUCUGAAGCUGUAGAACCCCCUCAAGAGGUUCCGCUCGCCGACACCGCUGCUAAUUUAGUAGAGCCGGAGGAAGUCGCGCAGGAGCAAGUUGAAUCGACUCCGACUAUGCAAACACCUGAGUCUGAUGCUUCCGAAGCGAUCUUUGCGACUGAAGAUGAAAUGUCUCCUCAAGACACUUCGCUGGCCAAUCCCGCUGCCAACCCAGUAGAGCCCGAAGGACAGGAGGAAUCGACUCGGGCUGAGCAGCCGGCUGAAUCCGACGUUCCGCCUGUCGAGGCCCCCGAAGCGACACAGUCGUCUGAAGCUGUAGAAACUCCUCAGGAGGUUCCGCUCGCCGACACCGCUGCUAAUUUAGUACAGCCGGAGGAGGUCGCGCAGGAGCAAGUUGAAUCGACGCCGACUAAGCAGACAACCGACUCUGACGUUCCUCCCGCCGAUGUCAGUGAUGCGAUGCAGGCAUCUGAAGCUCAAUUACUCCCUCCAGAAAUUCCGCUCACCGAUCCCGUCGCAAAUCCAGCAGAGACCGAGAAAGUCGGAGACGAGCAAGUUGAACAGACUCCGGCUCUACAGACGACCCAAUCUGAUGGUGCCCCUGCUGAUAUUGCCGAUGCGACACAGCCAUCCGAAGCCCCAGUCGUCCAGGAAACCGUCUCAGCUUCGGACCCAAGUGCAGCCCAGUCCGAUUUGGAGACCCAGGUGGAGCCUCCCAUUGAUGAUGCGGCCGAGAAGCCCACACCCCUUGGUUCGGAACGGCUCAGCGAGCCUACCGUUUUGACCGAACAGGUUGCAGUUGAAACUGAAGGACUCGAUGACCGUGCAAUUGAGCAGGAAGUAGAGGCGGCCGUGCCAACAGAUGCAAAAACCAGCGAAGCUCCGUCAGAUCGCAUUGGCGACAACCACGAGACGGCAGCUGAACCCUCUUCCAGCCCCACCACAUUCGAAGCGCCAUCUCCAUCGCAAAACGAGGAUGAUACACAGCUUGCCUCUAGUGACGCCAGGGCCGAGACAGCCGAUUCCACGUCCCAUCGAGCUGAAGAAUUAGUCCUCGAGAAUGAGCUCGUCGCAAGUAACGCUGCUCCUUCCGAUGAGCUCCAGCUGCCUCUUCAGACCGAAGAUCGCCCUGAAGAAGAAGCUCGUGAAAAAGCUUGCCCAGCGGUUGAAGAUCACGACGUAGCGAACUCAUCCCCAUCUCCCGUCAUCGCAGAGCCUCUCAAUGAGGAGCCAAAUCACGCCGGCCAAGCCGCGGAUGCUGCAGAAGCAACAGCAGUGACAGAAACCCGAUUGGACGAGUCCAUCGACGAUGUCCAACAUGGCGACCAGGCCGAUGAGGACAAAUCACCAGCGAUGCUUGAAGCCGCACUGUCACCAGAUGCCACACAUUCACCGUCUGAACUACAUCCCGACAAGGCAGAGCAUCCUCAGGAAUUGGCUGCUUCAGAAUUAAAACUCGCCGUCGAAUCUGAGUUAUCUCCUGAACCAGCCUCUCGGUUGCCCGAGGUCAAAACCACAUCUGAUCGAGCCGAAGAAUUGGUUGUUGAGAGUUCUGAGGAACUACAGCCGGGUCUUGGGACCGACGACCACCCUCAAGACCUCGAUCGCGAUGGAGCUAGCUCGACGGAAGAGAGCACCCCUGUAGAGGCCUCUCCCUCAUCUGUCAUCGUCACAAAUGAUAGCGAAGAUCCGAAUCACGCUGCCGAGGUCAACGAGGCGGUAGAAGCACCGGUGAUAACAGAAACGGCACUAGAACACCCCAUCGACGGCGCACAACCUGUCGAUGAAGCCAACGAAGAGAAAUCACCGGCGGUAAUUGAAACUCCGCUACCGCCAGAUGCCUCAGAGUCAAAGAGUGAAAUACCCAAUUUCGACGAAGCAGGACGUCUUCAAGAACUGGCAGCUUCAGAAUCGAACCCCGCUGUCGAGCCUGAGUUGUCUCCUGAGCCAACCUGUCUUGUCUCUGAGAAAGAGUCCCAUACCGCAGCUGAUGAAGCCAUAAAUACUGACCCGGCGACCAGCAAUGCGCAAGAAACAUCAGCACGACAUGUAACUCGAGAGUUUGAGUCCACUCGUACUAACCCGGUUGAGGAACUGACUGGAACUGCAGGCAACAACUUGCUCAAAACAGCUCUUGUGAAUGCAGCAGUGGAGACGAAACCGCAACUUGCGUUGAAAAAUGUCAGCAAAUCGUAUCUUCCCGCAUUCUUAAAUUCGCCACCGCCGUCGUCUACAUCUGUGCCCAAAGCACCUGUUGACCCAGCUGCCAAUGAGAAGGUUUGGCCCGCUUCGCCUUCUGUAUCAAACAUUCAAAGAGAAAUCAUCCUUCCAGCUAGGAUGAAAAGGAUGAGCGCGAUAUCGACUAGCUCGACGCGCACACUUUUCAUGAAGGAUUUGGCUACAUUUGCCUUCUCUUCUCCUCAGUCUUCAACUCCGGAACCCGUUCUCGACAACAAGACUCCAACUACUGGCCCAGUUGAUCCUACGCCAGCUCCCCCGCCCCCGCCCCCGCCCCCUCGCGUAUCGAAACCGCAACAGAUGACUUCGUCGCUCUCUACCCGAACGAAAUCGAUAACCAGUAGGCACAAGCUCAUUAAACCUUACCCGAGUUUGAAACGCACGCGGGCUGCCGAUAGCCCUGAUCAUCGAUCACGGAGGACAAGUUAUCGUUCUUUCACCUUUCGAAACAAGUCCAUUCUCCCUAUGCCCGACGGCACAAAGGGUCCUAACAGAGCUAGAUCAAUCAAGCUGGGUGAAUUCGGCAUGGUACCCAAAUCUCACAAGAAACGAUCAACUCGGUCGGAACAAAACAACGAUCUUACAGAUGCUUUUGCCAUAAUUGACAUAAGUGACGCCAUGACUUACAGUCCAAGGGCAGAUCGAUACGUCAAUCCAACCCUCAGCCGGCGGCUGAGUACCUCGGUGAAAGAUAUUCUACAAAAGCGCCACCAGCGGAGCGACCCUAUGAUAAGAUCCCCUCUAGAUGAUGUACAUCUUGCUGAAGAUUUCCAUUUUGAUGUGGAAAGACAACUUGCCAACCUGCCCGAAUCUCCCUCUGAAGAUGAAUUUCAAGCGGUGGAAAUAGAAACUGCUGGUCCAUCAGUUGAACGAGAGAAUCACAAUCGCCUCAUAGGCCACAAUGCCCGACGGAGCGUUGACUCGAAGAAAAGCAGCAAAGAAGGUGCGGUUGGCGACGAUCCCAAAGGAAAAAAACACCGCCGGGUUAAAUCAAAGUUGGCGGAGGCUACCAUUUCAAUCACUGAAAAGAUCAUCAGAAAUUAG